AUGCGAGUAAAGGAGGGCAGCGCGUACCCGGCCGUUCAGCGUGGCUGUGUUGAAUGCAAAGUAGCCAAUGGCUGGUUUACCACUCAGGCGGGCCAGUACUUGAAUGGAAUUUUUGAGAAGUGGAAUGAGGAGUUCAAGGAUAAUGCCUCUGUUACCGGAACACCUUGGUUGCUCUUUAGGAAUCGUAUCAACUGGCACAACAUCAACGACAAAACCCGUGAUGAGAACGCUAGGCUGGCCGCGAUGGAAAAGUAUUGGACCAACCCCGUUCGCGACCUGAAGAUUGGCCGCUACACUCGUAACGGCACAACCUACGGCGGCGAUUCGGAUUGCGACAAGGGCGAGACGGAAGCAUGCCCCAGCGAUGUCGCGGAUGAACACGUCACAGAGCCGGCUGCCGUGGCUGAGUCCCCCGUAGAGGCUCAGGAUCCUAUCGGCUACUUCGAACAGGAGAUUGUAUCCAUCCCAUGUGAAAACAAGACGGCAACCGUGUAUAAGACGAGCAAGGGUGUCAUCAAGUUCGAGCGCAGUUUCACCUUUUGGCAGUACGUCAGCAUCAAAGAGAGUGGCGUCCUUGAUGCCGACCGCAAUCAAGACAUCAUGUCCCUGGUUGGCGAUGGCAAAUGCGAUGCCUGCCCAAUAGUAGCUUCGGUCAAAGACGUUAUCGCGGCCGGCCCAUCCACGCCUACAUCUGACGACAAGGCUUCCAAAUUGCUUAUGCAAAAUAAAGUUUAA